AAAUAUGAAAUUUGAUAAUUUUUUUUCUAGUAAUAUUGAUUGAUUGAUUGACAGAAAGUAAAAUCAUAUUUAUAUACAUGAUCGCAUUAUUCCAAUUUUUGAUUGACUGUAUAAUUAAUUUAAUAAGCAUGAGAUUAUUUCUUAUGAUACUGACAUAACUGUCAUUGAAAUUCUAAUUUUAUAAUUAAUUAAUUAGUACACUAACGUAAGUCAUUAAGAAUACAUAGCAUCAGUUUAUUAUAAAACGCACUUGAUCUCAAUAUUUACGAAUAUAGUACAAAAUUUUAAAUCCAGCGUUUGAAAAUAAUUUACGAAAAAUUUAAAAGAGUAUCGAACUAUAAAGUCAUAUCAAUUAUUAAUAAUUUAAAAAUGAGAUGGAGACACGUUUUUUAUUUUUUAAUUGUAGUUUUUCUUGCAAUGAUAUUCAUUUCUUUAAUUUCUAUAAGUGUGUGUAUGUUUUUAACUGAAAUAAGGAAACAACCGAUAAAAAUAUUUUCAUUCAACUCAACACCAUCAUCGUUAAUAAAUAAUACGGAUAAAAAUUAUAAUGAUCCUACGUCGAAUAUUUAUGGUGAAAAUGCCAGUAAAAAUAUUAUGACUACUACUGUCACUCCGAAAAUGAUGUCAAGUUAUAAUGAUGCAUACAAAAAAAAUAAUACUAAUAAAAAUGGUAGUAUAGAGACAAAGUCUAAAUUAAUUGACAAUUCAACCUCAACAACGGAAAAAACAAUUGACGUAUUUGAUGUUAAAAGUCCUGAUUGGAUUCUACCAAUUUUUUUCCGAAAUACAUCAGAGCCUGACAUAAACUGGAAAUAUGACUGCCAAGGAAUAUUAAUUAAUCCAAAAGCAAUUCUCACUGUCGGAUAUUGUGCACAACCUUUAAAUCAGGUGGCAUAUGCUAUUGGAACUUUCAGUCGCAAAAUUAAUAGCAAUGAAAUAUACGUAAACUACGAUCAACUUUAUAGUGUUUCCAAUAUAACUGAUUAUCUAACGUACAACAUACUAAAAUUCUGUUAUUCAGGUCAUGACAAAAAUAAAUGUGCUAAACGUGAAUAUGGUCUAGUUGUCAUGGUAAUUGAUAGAGCAAUUAAUUCUGUCAAACCUGUAGAUAUUUCUCCGACAUCAUUGAUGACAUUACACGAUUUAUAUGAUGAGACUAUUGAAAAAGAAUGUAUUCACAUAACAUUCACAGCAUAUCCCAACGCUGCAUUUUUUGCUCAACAGAACAUUCCAGAAAAAACUAUAGAUCGCCCGACGUUGUUUAAAAAAUACAGUGCGACUCUAGAGAGCCUUAAUAAACCCGUGGUUAAUGGGUCGUUCGAGUUCGAUCCAAAUAACAGUUUUUUCGGUACAAUCGAUAGUCUAAAAUUAAAUUCAACGGAUGACAAAUACUUUUUAUUGGGAAGCCCAAUAGUAUGUAGAGUUUCCGGUAAAGAAUCUGGAAACUUUUCACUGGCGGGAAUAUUAGCGAAUUCAAUGUACUCUGGAAUUUACGAGUAUACGAAUAUCCAUCAUGAAAUAAAGUGGAUACAAAAAAAACUCGACGAAAUUUCGUCAUGAAAAUUUUUUUUUGUUAUCGUAAUUUCACGAGUAUUAUAAGUUUAAUGUUAUUAUUGUAUUUAUUCACUGUUGU